CCGCGCUCAGUUACUGGAGAGCUGGCCGCGCGCCGCCGCCUCCCGCACGCACGCACGCGGGCCGGGCUUCGGGGGUUUCGCCUCUUACUCCCGGCGUCUGGGAGGAGGGGGAGACCCGGACUCACUGUGGGGAGGAGGAGGAAGAGGAGGAGAAGGGAGGAAGAAAACAAGCGAGGAGGAUCCGGGCGGGGGGCGGGAGGCUUACCACCUUCAGCCCCCCCGAGCGCCCAAGCUCAGUGGACAGCUGAAUGAACAGUGCUGCAGUGAAUAGUCUUGUGAAUAUUUAUGUGCGCGCAUUUUGACCGACUCAGCAAGAAGGUGGAUUUUCCUUGUGUCUAAAGAGAAAAAAAUGUCCCCGUGUCUGUAGAGAUGCUUUGCAGUUCAGCCCGGCUGAAGCUGACCGAAUGAGACUAUGGGCUGUGCCUCUGCGAAGCAUGUUGCCACUGUUCAAAAUGAAGAGGAAGCCCAGAAAGGGAAGAACUACCAGAAUGGAGACGUGUUUGGUGAUGAGUAUAGGAUCAAACCGGUGGAAGAGGUCAAAUACAUGAAAAAUGGGGCAGAAGAGGAGCAAAAAAUAGCAGCCAGGAACCAAGAAAACUUGGAAAAAAGUGCCAGUUCAAAUGUAAGACUUAAAACUAAUAAAGAGAUUCCAGGAUUAGUUCAUCAACCCAGAGCAAACAUGCACAUCUCUGAAAGCCAACAAGAAUUCUUCAGAAUGCUGGAUGAAAAAAUUGAAAAGGGUCGAGAUUACUGUUCGGAAGAAGAAGAUAUCACAUAGCACCAAUUCUACCACUCAAACUGGGAGCUACUACUGUGUAAAUAGGUUACACCCCACGUUGAAAUCUUUGCAAAGGUCGGUUCUCUUCAGCGAACGGCACUAUAGCAGAAGAAGAUUGUUCCAUAUCGUAUGCCCCAUUAAAUUACAAUGUUUCUUAAUGAACUUGACAAGGAAUAUUGCUAAAAACAAACAAACAAAAAAACUGUUAUCGAACUUUCUUUGUUGCUGCUAGUUAAAACUUGUUGCAACUUUUCACUUCUCUCAGUGUCCAGGUCUGCAGCAAAAUUCUGCGAUUUCACCUUAAAGAUAUUGUUGGUUUUACAGAUGCUCUCCAACCUAUUUUCUAUAAGAUGAGGUAGUGGUGAACUCAGAUAUCCAACUUCUGUCCUAGACCGGUUCCGCUUCUAAGACAAGCGCCUCCUUCCCUCUCUCCUCCCUCCCUGCCUUCCCCGCCCCGAGCAGUCCAAACAAAGCCUUGCUUCUCACUGGCAGUGUUGCGCUUUGGAGAUGGGACGGUUGCUAUGGCAAAAGCCUUGUUUCUCUGCGAAGAAGAGGUAGAGACGCUGUUAUCAAUUAAAAGCAUGUUGUGACAUGACCCCUGGAAGUGACAUAGGGGCGAACGGCAGGUGGUUUCAUUUCCUGGGUCUCUGAAUCAAAGAUCAAGCUUGCAGCGUCAGUUUUGCUCCGAUGCGGACGGAAGUGUGAUCACAAUCAUUUUGAAUCCCUCUUGCCUACUUUUUUUUCUAAGAAAAUAAACAUUUUACUGUUUUUAUG